AUGCGCCGUACACUCAUUCGUCUUGCGGAGUCAGUAACGAGUCGACCGCUGAAUCUACAGGAGCAAAGCGCAACCCUACUCCCUCCCAUACCGCUAUACCGUGGGAUUCUGCGGGCACAUCGGCAUCUACCUGCUGAGAUGCGCGGGAUGGGCGACGACUACGUCAAAGCAGAAUUUCGACGGCAUGUCAGGGUAGACAACCCUGUUUGGAUCAUUGGCUUCCUCUCGCAAUGGAAGGUAUACCUUGAUUCGUUACCAGAUGCCGAGGGUGGAUCGUCGUUCAGGGGCAAGCGGCUUGACCCGACAAAGUUUGAGAAGCUGUCACAGGAGCAACUGGGUCAGCUGUACGAACUCAUGCAUGCGACUAAGGACAUCUGGAAAUCCCCAGAGGAGUUACAGAAAGACGCCGACUCGGAGUCCAGCUCAUGA